UCGGUCUGUGAUAAUAAUUGACAAUUGUACAUAUUAUGUUUUUAUUAAUAAAAUCGUGAAAGAAAGAUGUUAAUCUUUAAUGUAAAUCAAGUGUAAAUUGUGAUACCCUAUGACAAGGUAAAGGAUCUGAAAAAUGUCCAUACCGCCUCUAGAUUUCAGCGUGCCGCCGCCGCAGUUCAACGUGCCACCGCCGGGUAACCCUCCGGGUUUGCCUGUAUUAAACUCUACGCACACACAUCAAUUAUAUUCCCAUCCACCGCCGUUUAUGCCCCCUGUUCAUCUUUUUGACGUACCGCCGCCUACACAUGUAAAUAUAUCGGCGCCGGUGAAUAUUCCCCCUCCUUCGCUGGCCUACCCACCGCCUGCGCUCAGUGUUCCUCUCUACCUUCCUCCGCCCAUACCAACAAAUUAUUCCUGUCCAGAAUUAAAUUCUUAUAAAUUGGAAACAUCAUCAUCAGUGUCUGACAGCAGCUAUACAUUUGCAAAGGCUGGCUCUAGUGUAUCAGAGUUUAGUUUUUGUAACAAAGACAUUAAAAGUGUUAAGGAUUAUGAAUUUGACCAGUAUAUCAAAAGUUGUAGCAGAAGCUCAAGGGAAUCUUCAUCGCCAAGAUCUAGGUACUCGCCGAGCCGUGAUAGGGAUAUAUAUCAUGACAGAUACAAUAAAGACAGUAGGUACCGCAGAUCGAGUCGGAGCCCGAGUAGUAGCACCUACAGAUACAAAGAGGAGCAAUACAGGAGGGAGAAAUAUGGUGCAAAAAGAUACGAAUAUGGGUGGAGGAAACGGGAACAUGAUAGAUUAAGAAGUCCUUCAAGUCGUAGAGAUCAUAGGAGUCACAGUUGCAGCUAUGACAGUCAUGAAGACAGACCGAGAUUUAGGUCACCCGAGAGAUACAGACAUCAUUCACGUCAUAGGGAAUCUCAUUCAUAUAGUCGUAUGAGAGAGCUGUCACCACGAUUAUCCCGAAAUUCAGUGCAUUCUAGACCUGUGAGUGAUCGAGAGAAAAUAUUGAAUGAUUUUAGAAAGAACUAUUGCAGGACUUCAGAAGACUUUAUAAAAAAAAUAGAGCAGUGGUCAAAGGAGCAUAAUUCUGAUGAAGAGGAAAGCACAAAAAUGUGGUACAGGAGUUCACCAGCAGAGCUUUACUACAAGGUUGUGGAAGGAGGUGCAGGAGUGCAACAGACAAAGAAAUUGGAGAAAAUCUGUGACAUAUUCUUCAAAACCCUCAUUGAGAGAGCAAGAAAUGCCCGGCCAGCUGAGGAUGAAUUGCCCCCAUUGAAACCACCUAAAGGAAGAAUGUGUAGACGCAGAAUGGAGGAGGAGAGCUCGUCAUCGUCGUCGUCGUCAGAAAGUGACGAGAGUUUCGAUGAGGAUGGGUUGCAAGGCUACACAGACAGGAUCAUGCUGGAGCUGCAGAGGAAGCAGAGCCACCCUCGGAGACUGCACCCCGAAUUAUGGUUCAACAACUGCGGCGAGAUGAACGGCGGCCCGCUGUGCCGCUGCAGCGCGCGCGCGCGUCGCCUCGGUAUCCGACACGGCGUGUACGCGGGCGAACAGAAGUUCCCCAAGUGUAUCCCCACGCAGAGCAACAUCGACAAGCUGUAUCAUUACCGGAUAACAGUGUCACCUCCAACGAACUUCCUGAUCAAAGCGCCUACCAUAAUAGGCCAUGACGAGCACGAAUUCCUAUUCUCCGGGUUCUCAAUGUUCUCACAUUACAAGCUCGCGAAACUGCCUAAAUGCAAAGUGAUAAGGUUCAAUAUCGAGUACACGAUAUUAUAUGUGGAGGAGCCGGCGCCACAGAACUUUACCGUGCAGGAGUUAGAUUUGUUUGAGGAAUAUCUAUUCAAGGAGUUGUUAGAGCUUGUGGACUUAGAUUUAGGCGUGGCCACAGAAGGCUCGUGCUCACAAUUCCACUUUAUGCCGCGCUUUGUACGAUUUCUUUCCGAAGGCGGAUGUGAGGUGUUGUCGAUGUGCGAAGUACUUAAGUAUCUCAUAAACGAGAGUGGUCACCUAAUUCCACCGGAGAUGUUGGAGGAUUUCCACGAAAUGGACCAUUACAGCUGGCAGAAGUUUGUCGAUAGGAUCAAAGGAAUGAUAGUGACUUAUCCUGGCAAAAAACCAUCUUCGAUCCGGGUGGACCAGUUAGACCGAAGUCCUCCAACUAACAGCUCGGAAGAUGAAAAGAACCCAAAGGACUUGAAGAAUUUCUUUCCCGAAAUCGUGCAUUUCGGUAUCCGACCACCGCAACUGAGUUACGCUGGUAAUCCUGAAUAUCAAAAAGCUUGGCGUUUUUACGUAAAGUACCGUCACCUGAUAGCCAACAUGGCCAAGCCGACUUACAAGGAGCGUCAAAAGCUAGCGGCCAAAGAGGCCAAACUGCAGGAAAUGAGGACACAGAGCAAAAUGAAGAGGGAUGUCACUGUUGCCAUUUCUUCAGAAGGAUUUCAUACUACAGGCCUGAUGUGUGACGUAGUGCAGCACGCAAUGUUAAUACCAGUGCUAGUCCGGCACUUACGAUUCCACAAAUCUUUGGAUAGUUUGGAAAAAACUAUAGGCUACACGUUCAAACGGAGGUCUUUACUGCAAACUGCGUUGACUCACCCAUCGUAUAGAGAGAACUUUGGUACCAAUCCCGAUCACGCUCGAAACAGUCUGACGAAUUGUGGUAUACGGCAACCAGAGUAUGGGGAUAGAAGGAUACAUUACACAAGGAAGAAAGGUAUCGUGACACUAAUAAAAAUCAUGUCCCGAUUCGGCAAGGUUACGGAAACUGAGUCUGAGAUCAAACACAACGAGCGUUUGGAGUUCCUCGGCGACGCUGUAGUGGAGUUCAUAUCCUCCAUACAUCUGUUCCGCAUGUUCCCGGGACUCGCGGAGGGAGGCUUGGCCACCUACAGGGCGUCCAUCGUGCAGAACCAACACCUAGCGCUGUUGGCUAAGAACAUAGGUCUGGAACAGUACAUGCUGUGCGCGCACGGCUCGGACCUGUGUCGCGAGGUGGUGAUGCGCCACGCGAUGGCCAACUGCUUCGAGGCGCUCAUGGGCGCGCUGUUCCUCGAUGCUGGCCUAGAGGUCACUGACCGAGUGUUCAGCCUGGCCUUGUGGCACGGCGAGCCGGAGUUUCUGGAGGUGUGGAGCAAGGAGCGACCGCACCCGCUGCAGGAGCAGGAGCCGCUCGGGGACAGGAAGUAUAUCAAGGAUUUCGAGUUCUUGCAGAGGUUGACCGAAUUCGAGGAGUCUAUUGGUGUCCAAUUCAAACACAUCCGUCUACUAGCCCGAGCGUUCACCGACCGCUCAGUAGGGUUCACGAAUCUGACGCUGGGCUCCAACCAACGCCUGGAGUUCCUGGGUGAUACCGUGCUGCAGCUGGUCGUGUCAGAUCGACUGUACAGACACUUCCCCGACCAUCACGAAGGACAUUUAUCGUUGCUCCGCUCGUCGCUCGUAAACAACCGCACGCAGUCGAUGGUGUGCGACGACCUGAACAUGUCGGAGUACGCCAUAUACAACAACCCCAAAGCGAAGCCGACCACCAAGAAACACAAGGCGGAUUUGCUCGAAGCUUUCUUGGGCGCUUUGUACAUUGACAAGAACCUAGAAUACUGCCAAGCGUUUUGCAACGCAUGCCUGUUCCCGCGCCUGCAGGAGUUCAUCAUGAGCCAGGGCUGGAACGACCCAAAGUCGAAGCUGCAACAGUGCUGCCUCACUCUGCGCUCUAUGGAGGGAGGAGAGCCGGAUAUACCUGUGUACAAGGUGAUAGAGUGCCUGGGCCCCACGAACACGCGCGUGUACACGGUGGGCGUGUACUUCCGCGACGCGCGCCUCGCCGCCGCGCGCGGACACUCCAUACAGGAGGCCGAGAUGAACGCCGCCGAGAAGGCGCUCAGUUGCGCGCACGAACUAUUUCCACAGUUGGAUCACCAAAAACGCGUGAUAGCGACCGAGCAUGCGAGCAUGCGCAAAAAGAAGAAGCGCCUACGACACUCGCGCGACGCUCGAGACGGUCUAACGUUCAACGACAACUUCGCAGAGAAAGCUGCAGACGAAAGCGUUCCCAAGGCGUAUAGGCCUGGAGCUAAACAGGAUAGCUCAGAUGAAAGUGUUCACGAGCCUUCGGACGGUGAGCGGGAGCUAAACCCACAAGAACCGGACUCUGAAGAUGAUUCUGGGCUAGAUAGUAACUCGGAUUCGGAAUUGGACAAACAUGAAAAUGUCCAAGUGAGCAGUUUACUGAGCGACAUGGAAAAACUUAAAGAAGAGCUGAUCAACAGGAACGAGUACGAGAAGUUGAAAGAGAAAUGCCGAAAGUCCGAUUCUGAUGAUGAUUGAAACAAGUGUUAUUAAUCUUAAAAACCGGCCAAGUGCGAGUCGGACUCGCGCACUGAGGGUUCCGUACUACAGAAGAAGUAAAACUGUAAGAAUCGCUGUGUUUAACGAACCGCAAAACUACUGUAAAAUAUACGUAAAUAGUACAUUGCAGUUCAGGCCUGAAAUAAAGCGAUUACUGGCCGAGUAAUAUUGCAAGGCCGAGGCGAAGCUGAGGAGCGUUAUUGGAACGACGAGGCGCCAGCCGAGUCCUUCUAAACUAUACUAAGCGCUAGUCUAUAUAAUUAAAAAAAAAUACGAGGUUGGUAAUUGAUAUUUCGGCCGAGACUUGUGUAGUACUUUACCUCAAUUUGCGAGGAAACAAUAAAAACUCGUAAACCAUACAGUCUGAAACACACGAAAUUUGAAAGUGACGGCUCGACUAUAAAAUUAAAAAAGUUAAAAACAUAUUGAUAAUCAAAAAAAUUAAAACAAAAUAUACUACAAUAAUAAUUAAAUAAAUAAAAAAGACGAAAGAAAGUUAUAAAUAAAAAUAAAUAAAUAAUCAAAUACUUUUGUAACAAAUAAAAAAUAAUACUUUAUAAAAAAAAAAAAACAAAAAAAAUACCAGUAAAGAUCCGAUUACAGUCCUCUAUAAUGAAAUCCUUUCUUUUGUAAAGUAGCAGUUUACGAGCAAGUGGAGGUAAAUUGUAAUCGACUCGCAGACGAAGGGUUCCGUACCAUCAUACAAGAAAGAGCACUUCAUAUUUCUUUUUUUUUUCAUGACGGCCAUUUUGAAUUUUUUAUUAGUUGUUGUUAUAACGACAAUAUAAAUACACAUUCUGUGAAAAUUUCAACUCUCUUACCUAUUAGGGUUCACAAGAUACUGUCAUGUCCGUCCGUCUGUCUGUGAGCGGGUUGGAUUUCAUAAACCGUAAUAGGUAGAGGGUUGAAAUUUUCGCGUAUGUAUUUCACAUUUAUAUUGCCACUUUAACAACAACUAGGUAAUAAAAAUUUCAAAAUUAAAAAAAAUUAGAAAGUGUUAUUUCUUAUAUGAUGUACAGAACCCUUCAUGUGUGAGUUCGACUCGCACUUGGUUGAUUUUUAUUAUUAAUCUAAUUUGUAAUAAUUGUCGCAGACAAAUGUUUUACUAAUUAUGCUAGGAACUUCAUAGUCAUAGUCAUUAAUUAAUCUUCAUAAUAUACAUUAUACAAUCACAAUAAUUCAAAUUCAUUCUUCUACAAAACUAUCCGAAAACUUUGAACAUAGUUUAUUUUUAUUGCAUGUAGGUAUUGUUAUAUGACUGCUUUGUUUAUGUAUAUGAAUUAUCAUACUAAAUGAAUUGUAAUACUAAAAAAUAUUAGGUAUUGAUAGUAAUAGGACGCGACAGGUCGAGAUGGCAAUCGUGACAGGUCGAAAUGGGUUAAAAGCGCGGGGGCUGUGCAGGUGUGUGGGGCGUCGCCACCCCGAUUGUCAUUUCUACUACCCCUGUAGAGUAUAGUUAGGUAGGUAAGUGUAAAUGGCUUUAGAAAUCGAAUCUUAGGACUUAAAUAAUUUUUAAUGUGUACAUAGUGAUUCAUUUUAAACAUUUUUUGUGUUCGUACUGAAAUCUAUGAAUUAUUGUUUAGUAAUUUUAUGGUUACCUAACUUAAACGUAAAAUGAAAUCAUUUAAAUUUUAUAAUUUCUGAUGUAAUUAUUUGAUUUAUAACUUUCAAAAAGUGUAACUACAAUUGUACAGUUUACUUUGAAUAAAAUAUUUGACUUUGUCUUUCAUAAUUUAAAAGUUGUUUAACAAUCACAUAAGUAUUACAUUUAAUAUUUAUAUUUUUAAAUGUGUAAAAUUAACUAUAUAUACCAUUGACAUUUUGAAAAUGUAAAUCUAACUUUGUGACGAAAUAAAGAACGUUAGAUUCGACAUAGUUCAGCAUUUGUGACAGUUCGCUAAAGAACAUG